CGCGCGCCUGUCAGGCUCCGCAGCCCACCAACAAACAGUCGAGUCGGACGGACAGCGACGGAGCGGCGCUUCUGGGAGUGUUUUAUGGCUGCCUACUCAGCACCACAUCUAGUGAUUUGUUGUGUUUGAGCGUACCUGGUCCUUUUUUUAGAGGCCGUGGGACUAGAGCGCUUUAGUCGGCAAAGGGCUGUAGCUAAGGCAAAAUCGCUCGUAUGUGAGCACGGCUAACUUUUCAGUGCUAAACGAGGCCGAGCCGUCGAGCGAAAUUUAACUUCAUCCGAUCGCGGAUAGUUCUUCUGAAAAUACUCUCAGCGGAAGUCUAACUAUGAUUAAAACCAGUGCUUGAAGACUCGGACCUUUCGUUUUGUUUUUUUUACGAAGAACUACACGAAUUGCAUGGGGCAGUUGUCUCUCGUAACUUUUUUGUUUCACCUCAGCGGCGGUGCAAACUUGUCGUAGUGGCACACAUUAACGUCAGCUAAUUUUAGCAGGAUAGCUAGGUACACUAGCUGGCAGCCUAGCAGUACAGCGCUUUACCACCAAUUCGGGCAACUUUUCACGACCAUGUCUUUCGCACGGUCUGCAACAGGUAGACGAGUUGCGAACACGAGGGAGCAGCAAAAAACAUCAGAGAUUUAGAGACUUAAGUGCUAUUUGCCUUGUGUCGGUUGUACCGCGGGCAAUGCCAUAAGUUGCGGUUUAGCUUUUGGGUUCGUGUUUUGAAGAUCGUCCCCGUGUUUCAGAAAACAAGUUACCCCGAUGAUGCAGCCUUUGGACACAGUCUAACCCCAGUACCGACCUAACAUGUUGGAUCGUACAGAUUAACACAAGACUUGGAUAAGAGACGAGCUUCAAGUCUGUCGGUUUGCUCCUUAUUUUAUUUUAUUUUUAUUUUAUUUUAUUUUUUUUUGUGCUGAUGUGAACGAGGAGGAGACCUUUCAGUUGACCCCGGGGGAUACAGUCGCUUGUCCGAAGUCUUCGUCAGUUUAUGCAUCAAAAUGUCGGCCAUCUCCGCAGCCGAGAAAGUGGACGGGUUCACGAGAAAGUCCAUGAGGAAGGCCCAGAAACAGAGAAAAUCCCAAGGGUCCUCUCAGUACCGCACCCAGAGCGCUCCGGUGGAGCUUUCCCCGCUGCCGCAGCUCAAAGAUGCUCCCUCCACAGAGCAGCAGGAACUGUUCACACAAAAACUCCAGCAGUGCUGCAUGCUCUUCGACUUCUUUGACUCGGUGACGGACCUGAAGAGCAAGGAGAUCAAGAGGGCGACACUCAACGAGCUUGUGGACUACGUUUCCACCAACAGAGGGGUGCUGGUGGAGUCCGCAUACCCAGAGAUCACUAAUAUGAUCAGCACCAACAUUUUCCGGACUCUUCCACCAAGUGAAAACCCUGAUUUUGACCCAGAGGAGGAUGAGCCCACUCUAGAGGCUUCAUGGCCUCACAUGCAACUGGUCUACGAGUUUCUCCUGCGUUUUCUAGAAAAUCCAGACUUCCAGCCCAGCAUCGCAAAGCGCCACAUUGAUCAGAAGUUUGUUCUGCAGCUCCUGGAGCUGUUUGACAGUGAGGACCCAAGGGAGAGGGACUUCCUGAAGACCAUCCUCCAUCGGAUUUACGGAAAGUUCCUGGGGUUGAGAGCCUUCAUCAGGAAGCAGAUCAACAAUAUUUUCUUGAGGUUCAUCUACGAAACUGACCACUUCAACGGAGUUGCUGAGCUGCUAGAAAUCCUGGGAAGUAUCAUCAAUGGGUUUGCGUUACCUCUGAAGGCAGAGCACAAGCAGUUCCUGAUGAAGGUGCUAAUCCCGUUACACACAGCUAAAGGACUGGCCCUUUUCCAUGCACAGCUGGCCUACUGUGUGGUCCAGUUCCUGGAGAAGGAUCCUACGCUCACUGAACCGGUGAUCCGUGGCCUGCUUAAGUUUUGGCCUAAAACCUGCAGCCAGAAAGAGGUGAUGUUCCUCGGUGAAAUUGAGGAGAUUCUGGAUGUCAUUGAGCCAACGCAAUUCAAGAAAAUCCAGGAACCGUUGUUCAAACAGAUCUCCAGAUGUGUGGCCAAUCCACACUUUCAGGUAGCAGAGCGAGCGCUGUACUUCUGGAAUAACGAGUACAUUCUGAGCCUCAUCGAGGAGAACAUCGACAGGAUCCUUCCCAUCAUGUUCGGUAGCCUGUACAGGAUCUCCAAAGAGCACUGGAAUCCGACAAUCGUAGCUCUGGUCUACAACGUGCUGAAGACGCUGAUGGAGAUGAACUGCACGCUGUUUGACGAGUUGACCUCCUCCUAUAAAGCCGACAGGCAACGGGAGAAAAAGAAGGAGCAGGAGAGGGACGAGCUUUGGAAGAAGCUGGACGAGUUGAGGCUCAGCGACACUGCUCUGGUCCAGAACAACAGCCAUGGGCUCCCAAGUGUCCAGAACAACAACAAUAACAACAAUAACAACAACAAUAACAACAGUAGUAAUAAUAAUAAUGAUGAUGGCAACCAGGACAAGAGUGUUGAUUCUGCUGCUGCCGUCACCACAGACGACAAAGAGCCUGACGUCAGUGCUGCAGCCAGUGAGAGCACCCCAUGUGCCAAAUGACACGGGAUGUCAGGUUUUUUUUUUUUUUUAUUAAUAUUGCGUAAUGGUUUGACAUCGUGUUCAGGACCGUCAGGGGAAGAUUAAUGGAGAUGGAAAAACACAAAUUACACCUCAGCAGUAUAUUACAUCUACUUAGAGUGACUUAGAACGCCAGCAUUUCUUUGGCAGAAAAAAAAAUAUAUAUAUAUUUCAACUUAAGACUAUUUUUGGAUGUUACAGUGUGGCUGCAGUAUAUUGUUUAUUUGUCUGAUCAAAGAUUUAUCCUAUCACAUUUAGUUUCUUAACUGAAAAUGAUUUUAUUUGUUAUAUUCAUUGUAUGAUACAUGGGAGGGGAGAAAAUAAUUAUGACUUGAAUUUAAUGUUUCCGAUUGUGCUGCACUUAGACAAGCUGAAUAGCUUUUUAAAGAUGUCUAUUUUUUAAUAUGCUUUUCCUUGUUGCUGCCAACACUCGGGUGCAAAACCUUAAGAGAGAAUGGGAACUGCAGACUUGGGGCCAGAUGGGACCAGACCCAUAAUUAGACAUUAAGUAUAGUUUCCACAAAUGUACAGAAAAGGGCUGUCGGCAGGAGCAGAAGACGCUAGACGGCAGAUCUCUCGUGUUAGAAAUGAGCGGGAGGCGUAUGGUCAAAACAGUUAAAUCGUAAAAGAAAAAUAAUCCCUGGUAUGGUUUGAUAUCACUAUGAGUGACUGUAGUUGAGACUGUGCCGUUAAAACUGGUUCACAAUUAUUAGGGUAAAUGUCAUAUUUGUGAGAUUAUUUUUGUGUUUCAGGUGUUGGUAAAUAUUUUUUUGUCUGGGUGAAAACAUGAAGCUAAUAGUUGUUACACAACACCUACAUUUAUGAGAUUAUUUACACUAAAGUAUUGAGGGGGGCCCUCGAAUGAAAUCUUUUUCUUAGCCUGACUUGAAUUAAAGGAAUAGUUUGACAUUUUGAGAAAUACACUUGUUUGCUUUCUUGCUGAGGGUAAGAUGGAGAGGCUGACACCACUCUGUUGUCCAUACUGUACGGAAUAUGAAGUUACAGCCAGGAGACGGUUAGCCUAUCUCAACAUAAAGACUGGAAAACAGGUGGACACAGCUAGCCUGGCUCUGUCCCAGCCAAGAAACAGUCUGGGUCAUAGCCCCUCACAAAACGGUGAGUUGUAGUUUUUACACUAUGGUUUUUCUACAGAUAAACGAUAAGAGCGUGUUAAAGGAUGUGCUGGUGGGCAGAUUUUCUUUAGCUUUUGUU